AUGGAUGAAGACCUUUUCCAACUUCGUCAACUACCGGUUAUUCGUUUUCGUCAUACUGGGGAAAGUAUACGCUCUGAGGAUGAAGCUGAGAAGCAGGAACAAGUCAUCCAGAAUGCUGUACGACCCACAGAGUUGGUGGCACGUGCAGAUGGACCACCGGUUCCACAGGAGUUUGCAAACCCAACUGAUGAUACAUUCAUGGUGGAAGAUGCAGUAGAGGCGAUUGGAUUUGGGACGUUUCAAUGGAAACUUUCAAUUUUGACAGGCCUCUCUUGGAUGGCUGAUGCUAUGGAGAUGAUGAUUCUUAGUAUCUUGGCCCCACAACUUCACUGUGAGUGGAGACUUCCAAGUCUUGAAGUGGCAUUGCUCACAUCGGCCGUCUUUAUCGGAAUGAUGUUAAGUUCUUCACUUUGGGGAAAUAUAUCUGACAAAUAUGGCAGAAAGACAGGUCUGACAAUGAGUGUGUUGUGGACUUUGUUUUUUGGUCUGAUGAGUGCAUUUGCACCAGUUUAUGCCUGGAUUUUAUUCCUUCGGGCCUUAGUGGGUUUUGGCAUUGGAGGUGCCCCACAGUCAGUGACUCUCUAUUCUGAAUUUCUGCCAAUGAAAUCACGAGCCACCUGCAUCCUGUUAAUUGAGAUAUUUUGGGCUUUAGGAACAGUAUUUGAAGUUCUAUUAGCAAUUUUAGUAAUGCCCUCUCUGGGUUGGCGCUGGCUCCUUGGAUUUUCUACUAUUCCUCUCUUCAUUUUUACCUUUCUUUGUUUCUGGUUACCGGAGAGUGCUCGAUAUGAUGUCCUAACUGGGAAUCAAGAAAAGGCCCUGGCCACACUUAAACGCAUCGCCACUGAGAAUGGAGUACCAAUGCCUCUGGGGAAGCUGAUAGCUGCCAGACAGGAGCAUCGUGGGAAAUUUAUUGAUCUAUUUUCAACACACUUUCGGUGGACCACAAUAUUGCUGUGGUUCAUUUGGUUUGCCAAUGCCUUCUCCUACUAUGGACUGGUUCUGCUCACCACAGAGCUGUUUCAGGAGGGUGGCGUAUGUGGGGUAUCAAAAGGUAAUAAAAUGGAGCUAAGGUGCAAUCUGGAGUGCAAAUAUCUCAAUUCAGAUGACUACAAAGACCUUUUGUGGACAACACUGUCAGAAUUUCCAGGGCUACUGGUCACACUGUGGGCUAUAGACCGACUGGGAAGAAGAAGAACUAUGGCACUUUGCUUUUUUAUAUUCAUUCUUUGUAUUAUUCCUCUUUAUGGGUGUGUUGGCAGGACCCCCAUGACUGUCUUGAUCUUCAUUGCCAGGGCAUUUAUAUCUGGGGGCUUCCAGGCAGCUUAUGUGUAUACUCCAGAGGUGUAUCCCACAGCAACCAGAGCCUUGGGACUAGGAGCAAGUAGUGGAAUGGCCAGGGUUGGCGCUCUCAUUACCCCCUUUGUUGCCCAGGUAAUGUUAGAGUCCUCGGUGUAUCUAGCAUUAUCUGUAUACUGCUGCUGCUGCCUUUUUGCUGCAAUAGCUUGCUGCGCUUUGCCAAUCGAGACGACUGGCAAGGGUCUUCAAGAGUCCAGCCAGCAUGAGUGGGGUCAGGAGAUGACAGGCUGUGCCACCCAAGGCCCAGGAGCAGUGCCUCGUCCUAGCUCAGACUGCCAAGAAUAA